GGAAUUUGAUAAGUGUGCCUCACUUUAAGUUUAUCACGAUCUUGGACGGCAUCAUCUAUCAAGUACUAGUGUGGAAGGUUGAGAGGCUGAUCGUAUUUAGGAUUAUCAAAAUUCUUGGACAGCUCCGCCUUGAGUAUCAUUGUGUCAGAGAAAAUGAUUGGGCAGUCUACAUCCGUGCUCAUUGCCUUAGUGUUGAGUCUCACCUCGACACAAAUGCUGAGUGUCGCCCUGGGAGUAACAGGAAGUCUAACGACGGCGACGCUACAACCGAGCACCACCCACUUCGCGGGGAGACCAGCCCGUAUACCGGAUCAGGGCCUAACCACUUUAAUGACGUCUCAAGAUUCCACGCCAACAUCGCUAUCGACGCCAACUACAAACUCGCACAGUAUAUUUGUAGACUCUAGUGUCAAGAUUACGCCAACUCCUGCUGCGAAAAAUACAACCACGACGACGACCACAACAACAACAACAACAACGCCCAUUCCAAAAAUCCCAACAUCGCUAUUGACGCCAACUACAAACUCGCACACUAUAUUUGUAGACUCUAGUGUCAAGAUUACGCCAACUCCUGUUGCGAAAAAUUCAACCACGACGACGACGACGACGACCACAACAACAACAACAACAACGACAACAACAACAACGCCCAUUCCAAAAACAGAGCGUCCAAUGCUGAAGAACAUAGCUUGUAACGUGAAUUGUACAUUCUUGCCGAUGUAUCUGAAAAACAGCUUCUUCAAGGACGAGAACGGAACGGAACUGUCGCGUUACGUCUGGUUGUGCACGGUAAACAGGACAAAUGACGCCAGUCCUUCAGAGGAGGAGCCACCGUGUUCGGUCGACAUCAAAACAGCCAUAGGAAACAUUCCGCAUGCUAAACUCGCCGAGUUGACUCUCCUCAUUCAAUGUACUUUUCCUGUUAGGCUGAGAAUUCUCAACGAAGGUGGAAUUAGGAGAGAGAACCUCGUGUCGUAUCUCGACAUUCGGCGGUGUAUUAUUGACUGGCGGGACGCCAUAGUCUUCGGAAAGGCAGUUGACUUUAGAGUCAUGAACAUUUUGUGGCCGGUUAAAUUUUCUUCCGAUGACGUGAUAUCAACGAAGGAUAUCAUUGCAGGCAAUUACUCCAAUGAUGCUAUUGUAAAUACAAAUGGUAAGGGUGAAGGUCAAAAUUGGGUUCAAGGUGAACAUCAAGGUCCGUGGCAAGGCAUGGCCCAUAGGUCAGCUCGCAGUGUUAGAUUGCAGAUGAUACAAGGUCUUCAUAACCUUGGAUCCCUAAUGAUACUCAAUCCCCCACAACAGUGUUCACGCCCAGAUGAUAGCCUCCGAUGUACUUUGAAGCCCUUUGAAAGAAACGAACUGGACCAUGCGCUUCCAAGUAUUUUCACGAAGUACCUCUGGCCCAGGAUGGCGGAGGUCACAAUAUCUGACCUUGACAUCGAUGAUGGAACUGUUUUCAAACUGAGGUACACGAUGCCCUAUCUUCAGGGUCUGGACAUUGUUAGAAACCGUAGGGAAUUCAAGGAAUUGCCCACGUUUCCCUGGUUUUCAUCGCGUAUGUACCUCCCGAGGAAAAUCGCCCGCACGACGACUGGCAAUUCGCACUACGCUGGCCGGAAGGAUAUUGCACCAAAUGUUUACCGCAGGGUAUUUAAUCUGGACCGAUCACCUAUUUCUGUGAGAGGACUGAAACUUCAGGGCUUGCUCGACAACAUUACUGUCAAAAGUAGCAUAAAAUCGAAUGACACUUCAACAGAUUUAGGUGGCGUCCUUUUCAAGGAAACAUGGGGUAUUCAACGGGUGGAUUUAAGCCAUAACAACAUUACCUCCAUCCCUUAUUUCUAUGAUAACGUAAGAUCGAUUAAAGAACUAAUCUUGGACUAUAACAAUCUCACGCAGAUUCCAUCCUACACGUUCGGUUUCAUGAUUGCUUUAGAAACACUUUCUAUUUCUCACAACAAGAUUGACAAAAUUUCGAAUAAGGCGUUCUUGACAACAUCGGAAAUUGUGGCAAUAAUCCUCUCCUACAACAGGCUUGUCUGGAUCGAGAAGGGAACUUUCUACAGCUUGUCCAAGCUUAAUAUGCUUGUGCUUGAUCAUAAUGAAAUAGAUAUGGUUGACAUCGAUGCCAUGCCGGCACAGAACUCAAAUAAACUCACCACUUUAGAUUUGAGUUACAACAAACUCGCAUAUCUGCAUCCGCAGAUGAUCCUCUUUCGAUUCGCGACGAAGAUUGACUUAUCAAAUAAUAGAAUCAGAUCCGGACAACUCAGCCAUUUGCUUACUGAUACCGAUGCCAACUCAGCCGUAUAUAUCUUUAAUGAUUCAAACAGCGACAGUAAAAUUGACAUUACACCACUUGGGGGCGAGAGAAAGGAAUUGGACCUUUCGGACAAUAAAAUCGAGCACAUUCACCUCGAGCACAAGAAUGUAAGCCAGUUAAUGAACUUUCAGACAAUGCUGACAUUCUUUAAAGUAGAUCUCACGAGAAAUCCGUUGAACUGUGACUGUCGAGCUUACGCGUUGCAUCAGUUCCUCGUGGGCCACCGGGCCAACAAAACUGAAAACUCCAAGACAUGGCUGGACGAUGCUAAAAAAAAAUGGAUCUGCGCACAACCCGAAAGCCUCGAAGCCAUCCCGAUUGAAGAUGUUCCUGGAGACAGGUUUCUCUGUGAAGACAAAUCUGCCGACUGUCCAUCGGAGUGCGCAUGCUACAAGCGAAUGACCGAUUAUAAUGUUACCGUCGUUGAUUGCAAGGAUAGGAAUCUGAGCGCGAUACCUCAACGAAUGCCUGGAGGGUUUCUUGAACUACACUUCGAAAACAAUCGGAUUGAGGAGCUGUCUGCGCGGGGGUAUCUAAAGUUUGUUGUGGGCCUUUGGAUGUCCAGAAACGAUAUCACAGAAAUUUCUCGUGAAGUGGUGGAACUUCUCUCGAAAAAUGCCAAAGGUAUUUAUUUCCAGUACAACAAGAUUUCAAGGUUGAGCAAAUCAGUGAUGAGUCUGUGGAACGGAGUGAGUAAGCUCGAUUUGACAUACAAUCUGCUUGUUUGCGACUGCCAUUCCGAAUGGCUGCGCCACUGGAUCAUUGAAGCGUCUUACUUGGUCAAUGGGUGGAAACUGCGCUGCGCUUCUGAUGAAACCAGCGGCGGUGCUAGGGGUCGUGCAAUAUUGACAGUAGAGUCGCACGAGUUCGUUUGCAAAACGGAGAUACCAAAGAUUAUUGCAAUUAUAUUUGGGACAGUUUUCAUCCUCCUCAUAGUUGCUUUCGCUUUGGUCGUCCGGUACCGCCAGGAAAUUAAAAUUUGGUUGUACGCGAAGUACGACUGGCAUCCUUUUGAUAAGGUCGACGACAGUGACCCCUCUCUCAUCUACGAUGCUUUCAUCUGCUACAGUAGCUUGGACUAUGAUUGGGCCGUGCACACACUUUGGAAUAAGCUCGAAAACGAACAGACCCCGCCGUACAAGCUGCUGCUGCACCAGCGGGAUUUCAUUCCGGGCCAGAUGACCAUGGAUAGCAUCUACGAGGGCGUGAACAGCAGCAAGAGAAUGAUCAUGCUCGUGACUCAAAACUUUGUCCGUAGUGAUUGGUGUAUGGCAGAGUUCCGAACCGCACACCACGAGGUUCUUUCGAAGAAUACUCGGAACUAUCUCAUCGCAAUCCUGGGAGAGGAUUUGGACAUAGAAUGUGUUCCAGAGGACUUUAAGGUGUUUCUAAAGAACACAACAUAUCUUAAGAAAGAUGAAACGAACUUCUGGGAUAGACUUUUCUACGCUCUACCCCAGAAGGGCCCCAGGAAGACCGCGCGUCCAGAGCAGACGGCCGGGCUCAAGGAAAGCCGCAACGGCUGCGUGGCAAACGUUCCUGGGCGCCAAUGCUCCGUGAUAAGUAACGCAACAGGGCUGAACAUUUCUCGUCAAAUUUCCGCACAAAGUAAUAUCUCAAAACAGAGUACUGGCAAUGUAGCGCAAGUCACAGUUUAUAUGAAUGAUAAAAACCUAAAUCGCAUUCCGAGUGAAACAAAUGGGCAUGCACUUCCGGUCCUUGGGAACAUUUCUGGUGAUGGACUGCCUAACAAUUUAGAAUUAGCAACCUUUCCCUCAACAAACAAAAACCUGAACCAUCAUGGAAACCAGCCAGGACAGCGCCCAGUGAGUGCUUCUGGCGUUUUCAUCGAUAUUCCUCUUGACCAGUGCUGACGGCCGAGAAACGCCUAACACGGGGACAGGGAGCUUGAUUUGUUUUGGAGUUAAAAAUUUUUCCGCACUUGGGCACAGGGUAACAAGUCUGUCAUUCAGGAGAGUGGUGCUGUCGGGCGGCUCUUGACCGAUUUUACAGUGUGCACAAAUGAUUUCGUUGUUUUCCCUCGUUUGCAACAUGCCAGGUUUUAUUUUUGUACAGAUAUAUAAAACAUAAUAAUUA